UGUAUCUUUGUGAUGUUUAAGGUGGCGUCACUUGCUUACUGGGGAUGUAUAGAGAGAAAUAUUAUAUUGGCGCGUAUCGACCGAGCAAAAACAAUUUUCACCCCUCGUCGCUUACACAUUUUGGCUAUUUUGACACAGGGGAUAAUCGUUGCCGUUUUGUAGCCAUUUUGCUAUCCGUUGAUAAAUGCAAGACAUAUUCGUACCGACUGGUGAACCGCGUACCUCUUGUCAUAUAUAAAAUGCUAAUGCUUAUUCUAAUGUUUUGGCCGAUCUUCGUCUCAUUACUUGGACACCAAGAUUUAGAACGAUACCUGUUAUGGAAUUGUCAAAUGAAAUAUUGGACACAAUAGAUGUUAAUGAUGAUAAAGAUGUGAUGGAAGUAAUAAAACAUGCGAUCACAGAAGAAAACAUUAUAGUAGAAUCAGAAACUACGGAAGAAACAGAAAUAGAAGAAAUUAUAGAAAUAAUAGAAGAAAUAGAAGAGGACAAAGAAGAGUCAUCACAAGGUGAUAUUAUUUUUACUGAAAAUAAAAAUGAAAAGGUUAAAUCAGAAAUGGAGGUUUAUGCUUUUGAUGAAGAUAGUUCUAUUUUUAAAACACAGUCUAAAUACGAAAAGAAAGACCGAUAUGAUAAAAGUAGUAAUAAACAAGUUAUAGCGUAUGAUGUAGAUGAAGAUUGGCAAGAUGAAGAUAUGGAGGAAGAAGAGGAAUAUGAACUGAGAUUUGAAAAUUGUAGUACAUCAAAUAAUUCUACAGAAUCUUUGCAAAGACUACCAAAUGAUGAUAAAAAAUAUGUAAAUAAUCAAACAGUUUCUUUACCAUUACAAACAAGCAGAUCAGAACCUAGAGACAGUGUAGAAUUUUCAGACAAAGCUGAAAAAUCCAAAUUGAGUUUAGAGUUCAAAAAUAAUGUGAAUAACGACGAGAAUAUUGAUAAUAAUAUAAGUCAUGAGAUUGUAAAAAAUGUUGAGAACAAUUUAUUAUACACCGUUCUUGGUACAAAGAAGCAAAGCGCAGUGAAAACAUUUCAAUCAGAUAAACUUUCAGAUGCUCACUAUAUUAAGAUGGAACAGCUUGAUGAAAAUACUAUACCAGUAGGAGGAACAAUUUAUUAUGAUGCAGAUAAUAUAGAAACAUUGUAUGUUGCACAGACAGUAGAUGACAAUGAACAAUAUUAUGAUACUGCAGCAAUGGAAAAUGAGGAGCAAAUAUGGGAAACAACUAAUGCAGAUACCAAUCAAAAUCAAGAAAAAGAAAAUUCUCAGGACCAAAUAUUUUUACAUGAAGAUGAAGAUGGUCAAUUAUACUUCAAGGAUGAAACUGGUAUUUUACAGCCAGUGUAUUUAACCGAAGAUGGACAUUAUGCCAUUGCAGAGAACAGUGAUGAUUAUGAAAGCAGAUUGUCGCAAAUGAAAUACGAACAGAAUGCUAGACAAGUAGAAGAAGAAUCUUACUCUGUGCCAGAUAGUGAACUUAAAUCUACUCAUAAUAAUAAACAGAACUCUGUAAUGUCUGCUACUGAUCUUGAUAAUGAAGAUAAUACUGUAACUAUAUCUCUGAUAAUAUCUGAGGAUGAGCAUGGACAAAAAAGAACACAAGUCAUCAUACCAACAACGGAUAAUUUAAAGUGUGAUAUUUGUAACAAAAGCUUUAAAACUUCAUUCCAAUUACUUCGACAUAAUAGACUGAAACACGCCCGCGAAGAAGAUAUUACAACCAGGAAUUUUCCAUGUGAUUUAUGUCCUAAGAGAUAUCCAGAUCAAAAUUCCUUAGCCCGACAUAGAAAGACUCAUACAGGUGACCGACCAUUUCAGUGCCUCGAGUGUCAUAAAAACUUUCCAACAUCUACCGCUCUUCGUCGUCACUUGACACUUCAUAAUUCACAAUCUCGACCUCUUCCCUGCAUUUACUGCGGUCGUCGCUUCGUAGAUAAAGCUAGUCUGGUCAAACACGAGCAGUCGCAUUUGGCUGGUGAUCAGCGGACCCACACAUGCGAUGUAUGUCAUAAGUCAUUCUUACAUGCAACUGAUCUGAGUCUACAUAAAAAAUAUCAUGAUCCUGAUAAGAAAUUUGACUGUGAGGUUUGUGGUCGAGAGUUCAACAGAUUGAACAAUUUGCAGAGACAUAUGAUGGUACAUCAACAACAAGGGGCAAAUGAAGAAAUACUUUCUUGCGACGUAUGUGGCAUUACCUAUAAAUUCAUGAGCUCAUUAACAAGGCAUAUGGUGACAACACACAUGAAUCCAGAAAAAUUGAGGCAACAAGCGGAAGAACAACGAAAGAAACGUGAAAAUAACUAUCGUCGUUACCUGGAAAAUCGAAAAAUGUACGAAACUCAGCAUUCAGGAGGAUACGGAGCAAAACGCAAUUAUCACAACACACGUAUACUUAGUAACGAUGAAGCAGCUUGAUUUGCAUUUUCAAGCUAUCACUCGAUGAUCAUCAGGAAAAGUACUAUAGUUUUUCGAAUUAAAAAGAAAUAUAAAGAUGAUAAAUAUUUACGUACAACAUAAGGAUAUUUCUCUAUCAUUUUUUUCGCCAUAGAUAAUUGUAUAAAUCUAAUUUAAUAAAUAUAUGAAUUGUGUAGUGUUCGAAACGUUCAUGUAUCUUUAUAAAAAUUCAGGUAUGUACUUUAGAGAAGAAUAUGGCAUACGUAUGUGUGUUUGAAAUAGAAUAUGUAUAUAUAAAUGUACUUCAUUUUUAUUGUACACUAGGUAUUUACAUUGUAGAUACAAUUGUUAUUAGUAAUGUUUUAAUAUAUACAUAUUUUAUUGUAAUUUCCUUGUAAUUAUAAUCGUACAAUGUAGGUAAGUACAAAAUAUUGUAAAAGUGAAAAUGAAAAUUUAUAAAUUAAAGUUUUUCGUACAAAUAUCACUUCAUAAUGAUUAUUAUCAUUAAUAUUAAAAACUGAGUAAAAAUAAUUUUUUUAAUUCAAAUUUGUAUGAAAAUCAUAUUAAAAACAAGUAAUGUUAAUGUUCUAAUA